AUGCUCAGAAAUUUGUGUUCAGUAGCAGUUCGACUUGGUAGUAAGAGGCAACAACAACUUUUGUCGAGCACAACAAGUGGCGGUGACGAUGAAGGAAAAAGACCGAAACCAAAAGAUGUUAUUGACGAAGAUCUUCUGAAGGCUAUCGACGGGGUUGCGGACAACAUUCAUCCACAAAAUGGAACAGAAAAGAAAUCAUUGAAAAAUACUCUCAUCAAUCGACUCGUGGCUAGCGAAAAGGCGAGUUUCGAUGCUGCUUCUGCUUCGGCGAGCAGCGAAAUUCUCGAUGAUCAGGCCCUUAUUGGGCUUCUCGCUGAUGUCGCCGGAGAUGCCAAAGUAGAGAGGAAAAUCCCUCCCAAAUCCGCCCAACUUCGGCAGGAAAAAAGAGGUCUUGUGCUUCUCCGAAAAGAAAUCUUCUAUCAGGCUGUACAAAGCGGAUUCACAACAGAAGAAGCACGCGUUAAAUCAGAAACCAUCGUUAAUGAUGCACAACAAAAACUCAUCGAACAAAGAAAAGCUCUGUUGAAUAACCUUCGAGAAAAAGCAGAACAAGAGGAAACAGAGCAGACAGAACGAAGCGAAAAAGAGCAGAAGUUGUUCGCAAUUGCCCUCGAGUUCAUGGAGAAAAUUUAUAAAGAUGAUGUUAUUAAUAGUGAUGCACGUAAGCCAGUUCUUGUGGACAACGACGCCGUAAAACUCUUCCAACAGAGGCCUCUUGGAGUAUGGAAGAAAAACGAAAAUUAUGAAGAUUUUUCCCUCGGAUUUUGGAAAAAAUGGGAUCAAAGAGCGGCACUGAUUGCAAACGGAUCCUUCGGGCCGACGAACGCUUUCGAAGAGCAAAUUGAGUGGACAUCAAAAGGAAAACAGUGGGAGUAUCCAAUUGAUAACGAGUUCAAAAUGGGAGAAGAGGCGAAUGUGUCUUUCAUUGACCAUGUAUUUUUGGAACGGCAUCUUCCUUCAUUAGGCAUACCAAAAACCGGACCGAUUGCUCACUUCAUGCAUCUUGUGUGCGUUGGUCUAUCCAAGAAUCCAUACAUGACAGCUGCGAAAAAACGAGAACACCUGAAAUGGUUCGCAGAUUAUUUCAAUACGGAAAAGCAGAAGCUGGUCCACAAACUUCAUGAACAGGAACAGAUAGCCGCUCAAAACGCUCUUUAA